AUAAGUUAUCCAAAAGUUUAAGUUUAAUCAACAGGAAAAUGCCGACCAAAACUAGAUAAUAAAAACAAUGCAUUGGAAUAAUCAACAAAAAACAUUUUAGAAAUAAAUUUUCAUCGAUUUUGUAGAAAAGUAAACAAAAUGACACUGGCGUACCUUGUGGCAUCAAUACCGGUUUUGCCAUUUUAUCUACUAUUUUUACUAAUAUUCUUCAUCUUCAAACAAAUAGUCUUCGUGAUUCUACGAUACAAAUACGGCUCUCGUCUAGUAGAACUAAAUCAUGCAGAUACUUAUUAUUGUGUUGGAGAAGUCGUAGACAACAGCAUAGUUCUUUUCAUGAUCCUAAAUUCAGAUCUGACAGAAGAAGACAUGGCUAAAAAAAUUGAGAACUGCGUCGAUACGAAGCUUGUCCAGAAUGCGAAACAAAUAAAAAAUUUGUUCACGUCACUCAACAGUACGAUGGGUUAUAAUUAUCUUCUAGCUGAAGAGGCUCUUGCUAAGAAUCAUGUAAGUAUACUUGACGUCCAGAAAAGAGGAUGGACCACCUUACAUGAGUUAGCAUAUGAGUACAGUAGUGAGCCUUUACCGCUGAACAAGUACCUGUGGGAGAUGGUUGUGGUUAAAGCCACUGACCAAUGGAAAGUUCAAAAUGGUUUCAAAAAGGGACAAGUGAUUGUUUACAUCAGACUACACCAUGCUAUCAGUGAUGGUCUAUCAGGAAUGAACCUACUCUGCAGUCUUAUAGGUAAUAGCGACACAUUCGACAAUUUUCUCAAAACAAUGUCCAAGAAUAUCAAAACCAAAAAUAGCGUCCUUCAAUUUUUGCAAAAUCUUUACUUCUUUUUCAUUAUACCUGGACUUAUGGUGGUCGAGAUCUACAAAAUUACCAAAGACAAGACUUUAUGGCGUAACAAAUCUUGUAAUGGAAAAAAUCGAUUUGCUAUAAAAGUUGAAGAUGGUGUUGUCGAAAAGGUGGCUGCUAUAAGAAGGGAACUUAAGACCUGCACAUUUUCUGAAGUUCUGCUGACAGCUACUUCCAAGGCCUUCUACGAUUACUUUAAAAAUAAAAAGAUGGCCAUUCCUGUUAACCUCGGCACGUUUUUGGUAUCUAUAGCAGAUUUGAGUAAUAUGAAUGUAAAUGGAAUACCUCAACUUAAAAAUCGAUUCGGUAUUGUUGCACUACCAUUGCCAGUUGAUGUCAAGUCGGACUCUAUGGUAACUAGAUUGAAUGCAGUAAAGGAGUUUACCAGAAAUCCAGAAAUAUCUGUUCCAUUUACCAUAAACUAUUACUUUUAUACACACUUAUUAGGAUACUUUCCACCCAGCAUAAAAAUGAUUUUCCUUCCGGUGAAGUUCACAACUUUAGCAAUCAGCAAUCUUCCGCCUAUUGAUAAAAUUACUGUGUUCGGUAACGUCGACUUGGAUGAUAUGUACUUCUUUACACUAAACAGGGAUGAACUGGCCAUCGGUGUGGGAUUAUUUACAUACGGAAAGAAGGUACAUCUAGGAUUAAAGGUGAACGAAGAAUUUAUGCCGCUACAGGAAGAUUGUGAAAAGUUCUUGGAGAAUAUUAUUAAAGCUGUUGAAAAAAUGAGAGUGGAAGUGACGAUGAAAAGAAUCUAAAAGAAAAUUUUGUUUUAGUUUAAUAUAAUAAUAAUUAUAAUAAUUUUUUAUAUAAUAUAGUGUAGACGUUUACAUAAAUAU